ACUAAACUUUUCAAGAAGCGGUGCGCGCCGUCAGCGUUUGUGAAUAGAGACGGAACAGAACCGUGCAUGAACGAGAGACAGCUGGGCGACAAGGAGACCGUACAAAACAAGGAAUCUUUCACUUCAUUCGGAGAGAGGGAACUGAUGAGUCAGAGGGGAGGAUAGAUGAGUAACGGACACUACUAGUGGGUUCCAGACACACAAAUCCAAACCAAGAAGGCUCCUGAUCCACUGCAGAGCCCAGGUCUCAGUACCACCAUAGAAGCUAUCGCAGUAUGAACCGAGCUUUCAACAGGAGAAAAGAUAAAUCUGGAGGGAUGACAGCCCCAGAGGCUUUGGCCAAGAAUCACAUAGUGUACAAUGUCAAGUUCCUUGGCGUAACAGAGGUUGACCAACCAAAAGGCACAGAUGUCAUAAGGAUAGCAGUGAGAAAGCUGAAGUUCCAAAGGCAUAUCAAGAAAUCAGAGGGACACAAAACACCGAAGGUGGAGUUGCAGGUGUCCAUCUACGGAGUGAAAUUAUUAGACCCCAAGACCAGAGAUGUACAGCACAACUGUCAGCUUCAUAGGAUAUCCUUCUGCGCGGACGACAAAACCGACAAGAGGAUAUUCACCUUCAUCUGCACAGAGCCAGAGACCAAAAAACACAUCUGUUAUGUGUUCGACAGUGAAAAAUGUGCAGAGGAGAUCACCGUCAGCAUUGGUCGAGCAUUUGACCUGGCGUACAGGAAGUUUCUGGAGUCUGGCGGGAAAGACGUGGAGAUGAGGAAACAGAUCGGCAGUCUGCAGAAAAGAAUUCUGGAACUGGAAACUGAAAAUUCCAAGUUGAAAGAACGACUUCAAGAUCUAGAGGAUCACAUGGCAGAUUGUCAAGGCUCACCGGUAAAUUAGCUACUAAUCUAACAGUUUCUGU